AAGGGUGGACCAGUCAUCCUGUGACAGAGUAAUCAAAAUGAAUUCAACACAGCCCUGAGCCUCUGCUGGCCUGUCUCUGGGUGUGUGGCCACCCUCCUCCUCUUCCAUUUUCUUGGGACAGCACCUCAUGCAGUCCAGGCUGAUCCCAAAUUUACUGUGUAGCUGAGCAUUAUCUUGAACUUUUUCCUGAGGGCAGAGCAGGCCUUCUGAAGCCUGACACAUCCUGUGUGGGCAGACAAGGGCUCUACUAAAGUGAAGUCCGAGCUGCCGUUGAUCCAGCUGAAGAAAGGUAUGAGCUACUUGAGGGGCAGACCUUGACAGUGAACUGCCCCUUCAACAUCAUGAAAUAUGCCAGCAGCCGGAAGGCUUGGCAGAGGCUGCAGGAUGGAAAGGAACCCUUGACACUGGUGGUCACAGAGGGGUCGUCUGCAAAUCCCAGUGAAGUCCGCGUGGGGAAGUACACACUGAAAGACGACCCUGCUGAGGCCAUGUUGCACGUCCAAAUGACUGACCUUCGAGUGACAGACUCUGGAUUGUAUCGCUGUGUCAUUUACUACCCUUCUAAAGAACCUAUUCAACUCUUGCAUCCUGUCCGCCUGGUGGUGACCAAGGAUUCUUCAGGUCUGCCCACCCUAAGCAUCACUCCUACUACAAUCCCAACUAAAGCUCCCAUCCUUAUUACCACAAAACACCUGCCGAGACACAGGACUGUGACCCAACCCUUCCCCAAGUCCACAGCUGGUGUCUCUUCUCCUGACCCUGGAGUCACCUUCCCAAAUGUGACAACUGUUACCAGGGUCUCCAUAUCCAGCAUCGUCGUUCCCGUGGUCUGUGGACUCUUCAUUAAGACCCUGGUCUUCACUGUCUUGUUUGCUGUCACACAGAGGUCAUUUGGGUGACAGACCAUGAAA